AGGAGGUGAGAGUCUGUGCUGGCAGAGAAGGAGGGAGACUGCAGGGGAAGGAGACACACCUCAGUUUGGAGAGAUAGAGCUACCUGCAAAUAGACAGAUCCGGGAGGGAGGGCAGCAACUUGCAAGAGACAGUGCACUACAGACAGGAGCAGGGGAGUGCAAGAGACAGAGGAGUGCAAGAGACAGUGCACUACAGACAGGAGCAGGGGAGUGCAAGAGACAGAGGAGUGCAAGAGACAGUGCACUACAGACAGGAGCAGGGGAGUGCAAGAGACCGAGGAGUGCAAGAGACAGUGCACUACAGACAGGAGCAGGGGAGUGCAAGAGACAGAGGACACAUUGCUGCUGCUGGACAGAGACAGGAGACCCCACUUAUAGUACAAGGAAAGUGUCAGUAGAGACCAGCAAAGACCACCCUGUGCCCCUGGACCCUGCCGGACAAGGACAGAUGGCAUCUGCCAAUGACACCCGCCAGCCUCAGAAAGAUGCCGCGGACCAGAACUUCGAUUACAUGUUCAAGCUCCUGAUCAUCGGGAACAGCAGUGUGGGCAAAACCUCCUUCCUGUUCCGCUACGCCGAUGACUCCUUCACCUCCGCCUUUGUCAGCACCGUGGGAAUAGACUUUAAAGUGAAGACGGUUUACAGGAAUGAGAAGAGGGUAAAACUGCAAAUCUGGGACACAGCUGGACAGGAGAGAUACCGCACUAUCACCACUGCCUAUUAUAGAGGAGCCAUGGGAUUCCUUCUCAUGUAUGACAUCUCAAACGUGGACUCAUUCAAUGCUGUGCAGGACUGGGCAACCCAAAUUAAAACCUACUCCUGGGACAAUGCUCAGGUCCUACUUGUUGGAAACAAAUGUGACCUGGAAGACGAUCGAGUCAUCCCUGCAGAAGAGGGGCGUAGACUGGCUGAAGAAUUAGGAUUUGAGUUUUUCGAAGCCAGUGCGAAAGAGAACAUCAAUGUGAAACAGGUGUUUGAGCGCUUGGUGGACGUAAUCUGUGAGAAGAUGAACGAGAGCCUGGAGAAUGGACCUGUGCCGUCAAGUGGAACCACCCAACUCAACGAUGCUCCUGCCAAGGACAAUAGCUGCUCUUGUUAAUCCAGUGUUCAAAAUAACUAUGCAAAGAAAAAAAAAUGUCCACCUAGGUCAGAGAGAUGUCUCUUGUUAUAUGCAAAGCUCAGCAAGUUGUAAACGUAACAUACAGCCCCCCAUGUCCCCCACCCGGCUGUAUGAGACCCACACUCCCAGCUGAGCAUGACCACUCUUGUGAGAGACAUAUCCCGACAGACUUUGUUACAUAGAUAUCCCUAAAAUAAUCCAUUGUUACAGAAAUAGAAAAAUAUACACCCAAAAAACUGUGGGUGACUGUCUAUGCAGGCGACAUACACCACCAUAUGGUGAUAUAGCAUUUCUUAAGGCGACACAACCGGGAGCUUCCCGAAGGGCACCAGAUUUGUGUUGUCCUGCCAUUAAGUGCCAAAGAUAAACCCGAUGUGCCCAUAGAUAUAUAAUUCUGAGGGGUCCGCAAAGCAAUGCCCUGCAUGGUUGUCUAAUGCUCCGCAUGAACCUUCUGGAGGGGGGACGUAGAAAUUAUACUGUGUACGGACGGGGCUGUCCGCGAUGGACUGAGGGUGGUCACUGAAAUACAGAAUCUUAUGUAUAUAUUUGGGUAUCACAAAUGAAGGUGUUAUCGCUCCAGAUGUUCCCUCUCUUCUGGUGUAAUAGAAUUAUAUGACAUGUUUACAUUUUUAAUAAAAGGAAGUCUCCUUUUAUUG